GUUAGUCCCCAAUAUAUCACCUGAUCUCCAUGUUCUAGAUGCAGUAGUACGGAUGGGGAUGCAUAGCUGCACAGAAGAACGUUAAAGGUCGACUACGUCGGUGGCCUCAGAGAGCUCACGAACGUGUCCAACGUACCUCACCCGCCGAGCAGGACCUUUUUUCAUCGUAGCACCGCAGGCUACACUCUAGGGGUUUCUUACGACCCGUCAUACUAUUUGGACACGGAAGAGCUGGGAACGCCGGACUGGAGGUAUAUUACAGUCGGAAUUGCAGGAGGACAGUCCUUCCACUGAUAUUUACGUAGCAAUUGUUGCUCAAGCAAAAAACAACGGAAUUUCAUUCAUUUUAAUCAUGACAGAUAAUGCUAUGCAGAUGCUAACUAUUCCUACUGAUACCAGUGUUUUCCGAGACACAACCGUACAAAUGUGCUGUGUCGGGUGCUCAGCUGCCGACGCAUAUGACAUCUUGUCUGGCUGCCUGCACUCAGUGUGCUGUCGAUGCCUCGUUUCCUUGAAGUUGGAUGACGGUUAUCUGUGUACUUGCAAGGAAUUCAGUAGUAAGGUUAUUCACAACCCCACAUUGUCUAAAUCAGAGAAUCUUCCAAAGUCUCCUAACUGUAAUUGGUGCUACGAUAACGGGGAACAAACGAAAUCAAUCGGGAAUUGUAGAGAAUGUGAUGUAUGGCUUUGUGGGGAGUGUCUGAAAGGUCAUAACCGCAUGCCGCCCCUUCGGAGUCAUACCAUCACUACCCUCCCGAUAACUUCCAACCAAGAGGGCCUUCGUUGUGAAAUACAUCCUCAUGAGAAUCUAGAAUGUUUCUGCGAAGCUUGUGGAAUCCUCACCUGUCGAGAUUGCCAACUUUCAGUUCACAGAGACCACGGAAGCCACCGGUGGGUUGGAGAGAAAGCCAACUUACUGAAAUCUCCCCUGGAACAAGCUAUAAAAUGUCUGGAACAGUACCAAGUCAAAUUGUCCGAUUGUUCUCAAAUCGCUAUGUCCGCUUGUACCAAUACCAAGGUUGAUAGCUUCCUGGGAAGUGCAGAAAAAACUCGAUCGGACAUUGAGGCUCGAGCAUCUUCUCUCAUGUUGCGCAUUCGGUCUCGAGCUGACGCCUUAUUGAAAGAAGUAAACACCCGGUGUUCAGAGAGUGUCGAGCAGCUUCGUGCUGCUAAUGCGGUCAUGAAGGAGCUGCAGAACCAGAUCGCCUUCACUUUGGCUUUUGCUAAUCGCCUGAUAAUGAACAAGGAUGCAGAUCCCGCCAGCCUGGUGCAGGUUUUCGAUGCUAUUCACGCACGCAUGAAACUUCUUGAAACCCGCGCCAAACUAAUUCUCACUGACGCACCCGCUUCAGCUGACGCAGUGGAGUUGGGGACUAGCCACGGGUUCUCUGACCCCAGUUAUUGGCGGAAGGAGACCCUUGGCUGGCGCUCCACCGCAGACACAAGGGCUAUAUUCAUUGCUAACUGGGAUCCUGAGGAAUUAGCAAAACAUUCCGGCACUGUCGCGUGGUUGCCAGUCUACAAUCUUACCAACUCUAUUUCGAAAUUCAACGACCAUACAGCACCCUUUCCGGCGUUUGAUGCUGAAAGUCAGGAGAAUGGAAAGGACUCUAUAUCUCCACAGUGUGAAGCCGAAAUGUACAAUAAGGAGUAUGAUGACUUUCUGGACUCUCUGGCCCUCAUCGAUGGUCGCAAUCGUAACCCCAAUUCCGCAUCGGAGCAACCUGUAGGUGGCGUCGGAUGUGCCAUUUGUUUUGGCGCCGGUCUCUUAGCCCAUUGUGGCAAGUGUCGUCGUGCCUACCAUCUGGAUUGCCAUCUUCCGCGGUUGACGAAUGUCUCGCUAGUCAGCGGCUGGGUUUGUGGAUUGUGUGCAGACAAAGACGCCGCAGACGCUGCACAUGUGGAGCAUUUGGAUGGCACUCGAUUGCCACAUACGGACUAUCUGGCUGGUUGCCGCAUACUCAUGGGUCUCUUGGUGCAUGCCGAGGCCGUUCAUUUUACGGCUUCCGUUUGUCCCGCAUGCUCAGUCCCUCUGCUCACGCCUGGACGCACAGUUCCCCAUUGCCCAGCCGGUCAUCUGUAUCACCGCCUGGCAGAACUGCGUUUGCAACUCGAGGAGGCCGCCUCGCCCGAAGAAGGUGGAGUACAGCAGUUAGACGACUUAGAGGAUCAUGACCAAAAACCUCCCAGUGGUGGUCGGAUUCCCCUCACGCGCUUAGAUGAUUGGCUUGUAGAAGUUGACAAAUUUUGGUCGGAUGCUGCCAAUGAAACUAACCACGUUAGAGGCGCAACUGCGGGAUGUUUACGAGCUGCUCGCCGCUUACGUGCUGGACUCGACAUGCUCAUCAAAAUUCAUCGACCCCAAAGUCUUGCCUCUUUGGCAGCUGCGUGGGGGGAUCCUUCUUUGAGAAAAUCGGAGCUGAUCAUGGAUGAGCCGGUUUGCAAACCGUUUGACAUUGAUGCUGAUGGAACCGUUGUCGCUAUUGAUGCCCGUUAGAAUGCCAAUUAUUGUACAGUGGCUUUUCAUGGAACCAAACUUGUCCUCCCUAAUUCCAAUGUCCGGGCACUGAGGCCACCCGUGUAGAUAACGGGCAUCAUCUUGCUAAUAUUCACGCUUUGAUAUCCCACACCAUUUGUUUGCAUUUCUAGGCUACUUGUGUCUCUAAUUCAUAUGACUACUACGUUUUGUUUUCCACUUUAAUCAUACACAUAAACGUACUUUUAAUCCAA